CUCAAGGGCCCUAUUUUUAGUCUUUAUAAAACAGACUCUUUGUUCACUCUGAAUGUGUAUCUGCGAUGUGCACGCGUGUGUGCAUGUGUGUGCAUGUGCGUGUGUGUGUGUGUGUGUGUGUGUGUGUGUGUGUGCACAACAACGAGAGACACAUCUUGAUUCAAACUAUAGAAGAAAAUGUCUCCAUUCUGCAGGGAGUUUUCUUAAAAGACUCAAUAGGUCAAUGGAAUUGAAAGCACCGCCUUUCAGCUCAAAGAUAAAACCUGCAGCCAAGUGGACUGAGUGACAUUCUGGCCGUGUCCUUGAAGAAUCUUCCAGAUCCUCCUCUUCUCCGGCUUUUGGAUGAAGCUCUGUGACUGAGUCUCCUUGACCAUGAGUGGAGGAAUCCAUGUGAAGUCAGUUCCCAGGAACCAAGUGGGCUCCGGCAUCCCCACACCGCGGAGUAUGCUGCCCUCCCCCAAGCCAGACCCCCAACACCUGGGCGGGGGUCUCCCACACCCCUCCACGCAGAUCCCUCUCCCAGCCAAGAACUCCCUGACUUCCUCCUCGUCUAUAUCUACUGCUUCCCGUGACCUGCUCAGAGACACGACACUGAGGAAUCAGCUUCUUCUGCAGAGGAGCAGCAUCCCCCUGGCCCAUGCUUCCUCCAAGGCUACCUGCGCUGCUCUGCGGUGCGACGGCACCCGCUCGGCCUACAGCAGUCCCAGCAUCUCCCGCAAGGUGGUGCCGCGCUCCAAGGACACCAUGGACGCACCGCAGGGGGCGUGUUCCCUGGAGGCCCUCCGAGAGCUGAGACGUAACGGGAACAGGAACCGGUCCGCCGGUGCCACCAGAGCCCAGCAGAGGAGGCUAGACAACACGGAGCACCCGGGGAGCAAAGAGCCUGCCGCAGAGGAGAAAGGAGGCCCGUCAGGCCAGGACAGAGAGCAGGCCCUCUACCCGUACAAACUCAACAAUGCCAACCUGCUGUGUGGCCUCCCUUCGUACGGACUUGGUGCUCCUCAGAGGUCCAAACUGAGCCUGGAGCGAGGCAAGGCCGGCAGCCUGUCUGACGAGGAGAUGGAGACCCCCGAAGCUCUGUCCCCCGCCACACCCAAGCCCGCGCCCAUGCCUGCCAAAGAGCAGCGUGACAAGCCGCCUGAGGGGAAGACAGUGCCAGGUGUCAACAUGGCCGCCAUUGCGCCCUUCAGGUACAGACUGCAGGCACAGCAGGACAAUGAUACCUCGUCUCUGGAGGACCUGAGUGACUUCUCCUCUGACUCCAUGGAGGUUUGCUGCGAGGACCUCUCCAUGGGAGGGAUGCUUGGGGCUAGUCUGAAAGGCAGAGAGGUAGCACUUGAGGCAGAGCGGGAGGGGAGCAGCGAGACCUACGGCCAGGCGGAGAGCAAGAGGACGCUGGGCAGCAUGGCUGCCAGACGGGGCAAGACGGGGAUCCCGGCAGCGACCCCCCGAAGCGAGCUGCGGGUGUAUCGUGGGGGCAACCCUGAGGGUCGCCCACCUGUCCCCGCUGGCCUCCGCAAACAGAAGUCGCUGACGAACCUGUGUGUACUUACUGACACCGAGAAGAAGAUGCAGCUCAGCGAGCCCAAGUGGUGCGAUGACAUGAGCAAGCCAGCCGGCGCGCACCUCAAGGUGGGCAAGCCCAAGGAGGUGGGCUUGGGUAGCAGCACGGGCGCCAGUCUGCUGUCCCGCAGCCUCUCAAAGUCGGAGCACUCCCUCUUCCAGGGCAAGCCCAAGCCAUUCAGCCCGCUGGCCGCCCCUACUACGUUGGGCAAGCCCAGCCGGAUACCCAGGGGACCCUACGCCGAGGUCAAGCCCAUCAGCAAGGCACCUGAGCCGGUGGAGGACAGCAAGUCGGAUGACGAGAUCCUCUCCAGCAAGGCUAACGCUAAUGCCAAUACCAAAAAGCUCACGGACCCCCCUGGCCCCAUGGGCAAGGUACAGGGGGUGGAUGGGGAAGGCAAGCCCUACCUCAAGGUGGACCCCGAGCUGGUGGUUACUGUGCUGGGAGACCUGGAGCAGUUGCUCUUCAGUCAGAUAUUGGACCCAGAGUCCCAGAGGAAGCGCACGGUGCAGAAUGUUUUGGAUCUCAGGCAGAACCUGGAGGAAACCAUGUCCAGCUUGCGGGGGUCGCAGCUCAGUCACAGCUGCCUGGAGACCGGCGUGUGCUACGACAGCGACGAGACCAACGCCCGCAGCAUCUCCAGCCUGUCCAACCGCUCCUCUCCUCUUUCCUGGCACUACGGCCAGUCCAGCCCCCGUCUCCAGGCUGGCGAUGCCCCCUCCUCCACGGGGCCAGUCUCGGGGACAUACGGGCCCCACGGCACGCCGGUGCGGGCCCCUAGUCACCUCAGCCGCAUCUCACGUAUUGAGCUGGUGGAGACCCUCGACGCCGAAGAUGUCGACCUCAAGUCAGGCUACUUGAGCGACAGUGACCUGCUGAACAAGAGCCUCCACGAGGACAACUAUGAUGAGGAUGAUGAUGAGGAUGAUGAUGAGGAUGACCUGGCCAACGGCUGGGACGAGAGCAGCUCCAUCAGCAGCGGCCUGAGCGACGGCUCGGACAACCUGAGCUCCGAGGAGUGCAAUGGCAGCUCCUCGCUCACCUCGCUGCCCACCUCGCCCGUCGGCUCACGCCGCAACUCUGCUGUCGUGCUGCGCACGGAUGCGGAGAAGCGCUCGCUGGUGGAGAGCGGCCUCUCCUGGUACAGCGAGGACGGCAAGGCGCAUCACAAGGCUGACAGCAGCGCCUAUGACACGGGCAGCCUGAAGACGGAGUCCUCCCGCAAGUGGAGGAAGUCCCGCCCCCAGGAGACGACGGGGGGUGAGGACGGCAUGCCCAAGGGGGAGCUGAAGAAGCCCCAGACCCUGGGCUAUCCCGGGGCCCUCAAGAAGGGCCGCAACCCCCCUGUGGGGAUCACGUCCCCCAUCACCCAUACCUCCCAGAGCGUGCUGAAAGUGGCAGCUCCCAGGAGUGACCAGAAAGCCUUAGACAAGGCCAAGAUGGUGGUGAAGGCCACAGGGCUCCAGCGCUCCUGCUCUGAUGCCGGCAAGGAGCGGGGGGAGACCCGGAAACCCCCCUCCGGCCUUGUGCGGCCCUCUCCGUCUGGGUCCUUCGGGUACAAGAAGCUAACGCCAGCUACGGGUACUGCCACGGUCAUGACAGCAGGGGGCACCGCCAUCUCCGGUGGCUCGGCGACUGUAGGCAAGACUCCCCGCUCCUCCAGUAUCCCCGUGAAGCCAGUCGGUGGGGGAGGAGGAGGUGGUGGAAGUGGGGGUGGCGGGGGGAGGAAAACUAGCCUGGAUGUUUCCAACUGCGAUCCCGGAUUUCUUUCGCCUAACGCCCGAACUAACAUCCAGUACCGCAGCCUGCCGCGGCCGGCCAAGUCCAGCACCAUGAGCCUGACGGGCCGGUCUGGUUCCCGGCCUGUCAGCAGCAGCAUGGACACCAGCGUGCUCAGCCUUAAACCCGUGUCCCUCAUCUGCGCCACUGGGGGCUCGCGGCUGAAGGAGAUGGCCGCUAAGGCAGGGGGGCGAGCCGGAGCUGGGCCUGUGAACCAGACGGACCGCGAGAAGGAGAAGGAGAAGGCCAAAGCCAAAGCGGGGGCUUCGGAACCCGAGUCUGGCCCGUUCAAGACCACGCAGGUCCCCGGAGACACCGGAACCAAAAUGCCUGGCCCACGGACAUCCACUGGGGGCAAGCUGUCCGAGUUACCAUCCCCCAGCAGCCACAGAGCUCAGGGUAAGCUGUUGAUGGGUAAGCCAGUCUGCCUCUCCCAGCUGGACAGCCUGAACUCCAACAGUGAGGAUGCCGGACUGGCCAUUAACACGGAGCCACCCCCCAAAGAGCUGUCCUACUCCAAGCUCCAGGACCUGGUGGCCCCCAGCGGAAUGGGGGCACCCUGCUUGACGCCCAGCCCUGCCCCUGUCCUCAACGUCAACUCCCCAAGCUGCUACGGUGACUCGGCCUUGCCGUACCCCCGCCUGUCUGGCCUGCACCGCAGCAUGGAGUCCCUGUCCCUCCCCAUGAGUGUGGCACCCUCCGACGGCUACCCUGGCCCCCAGCCCCAAGACGAGGAGAGACCCCCAGGCGGGUGGCCCCCCAGCGGCAAAACCUCCCUCACGGUUACGGAAAGCUCCCAGAGGGAUCGGAACACCCUGCCCAAGAAGGGAUUAAGCUUCCGCCAAUCAGAGGAGGAAGGGAGACGCCACUCUCAAGCAAUCGUGGGCCUGACGGAGUCCCAGACCCCCCCGCAGCUGCUGUCGCCCACGUCUGUCUCCCAGACCUCCGUUGGGAAGGGAGCUUUCUCUGGCAUUGUGGCCCCCCCACCCGUUGGCAGCGCCCCCCGCAUGACCCGCUCCAACAGCAUCCCAGCCCACGACGGCACUUUCGAGCUGGGCGGCGUCUCCCCGCUGGGUAGCACGCUGUCGCUGGUGGACCGGCCGCGGAGCAUGAUCCGCUCCGGAUCCUUCCGUGAGCCGGGGGACGAUGUACACGGCUCGGUGCUCUCUCUGGCAUCCACUGCCUCAUCCAGCUAUUCCUCGGCUGAAGAGAGGAUGCAGGGAGAGCAAAUCCGCAAGCUGAGGAGGGAGCUGGAGUCUUCCCAAGAUAAGGUGGCAAACCUGACCACCCAGCUGUCUGCUAAUGCCAACCUGGUGGCCGCCUUUGAGCAGAGCCUGACCCUCAUGACCGCACGCCUGCAGUCCCUAUCCGUCAGCGCCGAGCAAAAGGACUCUGAACUGUUGGAGCUGCGUGAGACCAUCGAAAACCUGAAGGCCAAGAACACAGAGACGCAGGCCGUCAUCCAGGGGGCGCUCAAUAAUCCCAACAUGACCCCCAAAGAGUUACGGAUCAGACGGCAGAACUCCUCCGAGAGCAUCUCCAGCCUCAACAGCGUCACCAGCCACUCCAGCAUCGGCAGCUACAAGGACGCCGACUCCAAGAAGAAGAAGAAAAAGAGCUGGUUAAAGAGUUCCUUCAACAAAGCCUUCAGCAUCAAGAAAGGCCCCAAAUCAACUACGUCCUACUCGGAUAUCGAGGAGAUCGCCACACCCGAUUCCUCGGCUCCCUCCUCCCCAAAACUGUCCCAUGAAUCGGGGGACGCGGUGCCCGUGCCUCUUCAGUCCCCGCCCUCUGCCGCCUCUGCUCCAAUUGCUGAGGGAACACAGGUGACGGAAAAUGAUGAAAAGGCGGUGACAGAGCUGCGCUCUGAGCUGUGGGAGAAGGAAAGGAUGCUGACGGACAUCCGGCUGGAGGCCCUCAAUUCCGCACAUCACUUGGGGCAGCUGCAGGAAGCCAUGAACAACAUGCAAAUGACCGUUGAGAACCUCAAGGCUGAGAAUGACCACCUCAAGACUGGGACAGUCACCACCCUCAACCCUGGACCAACUACUUCCACAUCCCAGCCGUCAGGUCUGACGUCACUCCUAGCCUCAUCACCACGACAGUCUAUGACCAUGUCCCUCACAAAGUCUUUCAGCAUGAGCCUCAACGAGAGCACUGUGCCAGACAUCUCCCCAACAAAUGCAUUGUGUCUUCUCCCUUCCCAGAAGAAUGAUGAUUGUGUACGAGUGGUGGUCUGUAUCGUCGAUCAGCAUGUCUUCAAGGAUGAAGUAAAGCAGCAGGACUUCUUCAUUGGCUCCAUCAAGGUCAAUGGCAAAACAGACUGGACUGUGCUGGAUGCAGCCAUCUGCCAGGCCUUCAAGGACUACGUCAACAUAGUGGAUCCUGCCUCGAGUCUUGGGCUAUCAGCAGACUCUAUCUACAGCUAUCAGAUCAAUCAUGGAAAAAGGGUGCUGGGGGCGGAGCCUCCCGAGUCCACGCCUUCCCGCUGUAUGGCCCAGGGCCCUUGCAAUGUCAUUGUGACUCUGAAAGGCCUGAAGGAGAAGUGCGUGGACAACCUCGUCUUUGAGACUCUCAUCCCCAAACCCAUGAUGCAGCACUACAUAAGCCUACUGCUGAAGCACCGCCGGCUUGUCUUGUCCGGCCCGAGCGGCACCGGAAAGACCUACCUCACCUACCGGUUGGCCGAGUAUCUGGUGGAGCGUAGUGGACGUGAGGCCAUGGAGGGCAUCGCUGUUACCUACAACAUGCACCGUCAAUCCUGCAAGGACCUUCAGCUUUACCUAUCCAACCUGGCCAAUCAGAUUGACCGAGAGAGCGGUAUGGGUGAACUUCCAUUGGUCAUUAUCCUUGAUGACAUCAGUGAUGCUUCAGCGAUUAGUGAGCUAGUCAAUGGUGCUCUAACCUGCAAAUAUCAUAAAUGCCCAUACAUCAUUGGAACAACUAACCAGCCUGUGAAGAUGACGCCCAACCAUGGAUUGCAUCUUAGUUUCAGGAUGGUGACAUUCUCCAAUAACGUGGAGCCAGCCAAUGGGUUCCUUGUACGCUACCUGCACAGAAAAAUGGUUGAAGCAGAGAAUGAUAGCAAUUUGGAGAGCCAGGGGCUUCUACGGGUGUUGGACUGGGUCCCGAAGCUCUGGUAUCACCUCCACGCCUUCUUGGAGAAGCAUAGCACUUCUGACUUCCUUAUUGGACCCUGCUUUUUUCUGUCCUGCCCUGUAACCGUGGAAGAGUUCCGCUCCUGGUUUAUUGACCUUUGGAACCAUUCCAUCAUCCCGUAUCUGCAAGAGGGUGCAAAGGAUGGCAUCAAAGUCCAUGGUCAGAAGGUAGCUUGGGAGGACCCAGUGGAAUGGGUGAGGGGGACACUUCCGUGGCCUUCAGCCCAGCAAGAUCAGGUGAAGCUGGUUCACCUGCCCCCACCUACCAUGGCUCCUGGGGGUGUGGGACAACCCAGCGAAGACAGGGUGUGUAAGGAGAACCUGCCCAGCUCUAUGGAGUCAGACCCCCUGAUGGCCAUGCUGCUGAAGCUACAGGAAUCAGCCAAUUACAUUGAGUCUCCUGACGGAGAGACGUCGCUGGAUCCCACUUUCAAGGCGACUCUUUGAAAGCCACGAGGAUGCUGAACCCUGAAUACUCCAGAUGGCUAAUGCUGUUACAUCAGGACCUACGGUCGGUCCUGCAGGCAGCAGAGUUUGUCUUCUAUGUUAGUUUUGCAGAGACAAAAAUAAAAUAUCAUUAUCUGUUCUAUAUUUACUAGAACUCAAAAAUAUGACUAUUGAAAACUACAGCUAGCAGGGUUUUACCUUAUGAACAAAUAAUAAUUUUCCUAUACUUUUACAAUUUAUUUAAUCUUUAAAUGCAUGGCAAUCACUGCAACAAUUUCAAAACUGGAUUUUUUUUUUCUUGAAGAAUAUUUAUGAUAUAUCGUAUAUAUAUAUUUACUUUAAAACAAUGUUCUCCAACUUGGGUCCAUUACUGUCCUACUGCUGCCCUCAAGAAGGAAACAGGUGCUCAUCCGAGAACCUCCCUGGUCUUCACAGCUUGUGUCCUAAUAUGCACAUGUGACAUUAAUUAUAAAAAGCUGGCCCAUAACUACAAAAGUUUCAUGCAGUAAUAAGACCCUGCUACACUGGUAUACUCUGUGCUGUAUGAUUGUGAAAUGCAGUUUUCUAUAAUAAACAUUUCCCCAUUCUUAUUUAAAAAUGAAGAGCAUCUAUGUCCUGUCUAAAGAUUAUUGUGGACCACAAUAUGUUGCCAGUCACAAUCUUACUGAACGACAAACUUCCGAAUGACAAACUGUGACAUAUUUCAUUUGGCUCAGAUGACUUUUUACCUCUAUAAUCUAUGAAAUCCCUAAAUAUUUAUGCUUAAACCAGCCAGAUCAGAUCUCGGAGAAGUAAACCCAAAAUGUUAUGGAGGCCCAAAAUGUCCAAGCUGUGAAGACCAAAAUUCGAAAAGUAUGCAAUUUAAUAAACACACUGAAACAAA